CGAAGAAGAAGAAGUGGUAGUAGAAGAAGAAGAAGUAGAAGAAGACCGUUUUCUGACACCACCCCCUCCCUUAAAGCAAAGGCUCCAUUUUGUUUGCUUCCUGCGGUCACAUUCGACACCCUGCAAGGAAAACAACGACACAUCCCCGUCUACAAUAAUUGCAACUACGACAUCGGAAAUGAGUGGAUGUCGUAUUUUCAUCGGCCGUCUGAGCCCAUCGGCCAGAGAGAAGGAUGUGGAGCGGUUCUUCAAGGGAUACGGCCGCAUCCGGGACAUUGACCUCAAGAGGGGCUUUGGUUUUGUGGAGUUUGACGACCCCAGAGAUGCUGAAGAUGCCGUUUAUGAGCUUGAUGGCAAAGAGUUGUGCAAUGAAAGGGUGACAAUUGAGCAUGCUCGUGUGCGUCUGCGUGGCGGUCGUGGCCGAGGGGGCAGCGGCGGCAGUGCAGGAGGACGUUUCUCUGACCGAUACGGCAGAGGCUCCCAGAACAGUCGGAGCCGAAACCCUCCUCCGAUGCGCACUGAGAAUCGUCUCAUCGUGGAGAACCUGUCGUCUCGUGUCAGCUGGCAGGACCUGAAAGAUUUCAUGAGACAAGCUGGAGAGGUGACAUUUGCAGACGCACAUCGCCCCAAGCUCAACGAAGGAGUUGUUGAGUUUGCCUCUUCCAGCGAUCUUAAAAACGCCAUGGACAAACUGUCUGGAAAGGAAAUCAAUGGCAGGAAAAUCAAGCUCAUUGAAGCAGCCAGAAAGAGGUCGAGGAGUCGCUCCCGCUCUGAGAGCUCAUCUCGCUCACGGUCCCGUUCUCGCGGCCGCUCUCCAUCUCGCUCCCCCAGACGCUCCCGCAGCCCCUCCCACAAAGCCCACAACCGCUCACACUCGCGUUCCCGCAGCAUCUCCCCCGCCGGCGGUGCCUCCUCGCCAUCCCAUAAAUCAAAAGAUCCCCCCAAGCGCUCCAGGAUGAGCCGGUCUGCCACCCCACCCUCCCCCAUGCCCGCUAAGAAAGCCUCCGUGUCCCGCUCCCGUUCCCGCUCUCGUUCCCGUUCCCGCUCUCGGUCCACCGACAGUCAGCGCUAAUGCCAGGUUUCCGUUUAAUGUCAAUCAGUAGAACAACUUGAUUCAGCAGAGGACUCGGCUUAGAGGCACACUGGAGCUCCCAUGAGCCUUUCUGAGCGCCGAGACGAGCGCUUUUCUCGAGUGAAGUUCGUUUUUACUUUCUGGAUCUACCUUCUCACUUAACGCACAGAAUCAAACCGGAACCAUAAGAUUAAGUCAAGUAGUUUAUUGUCAUAAUAAUCAGAGCUUUUAAAUAAAAAAUAAAUGACCAUAACAGACAACACUCUUUAUAAAGUUAGUCAGGCCCCCCCCCCCCCCCCCCAACCUUAUGUUUGUUUACACAUCCAACUCUUUCGCUUCACAAGGUCACCAAAAAUGCCCCAGUGAACCAGUAUCAUGUUUCACCGUGAUUGGGACUGUACGGUUAAUAAUCCCUACACUUUGAAACACUUUGAAGAGGGAGUCUUUAUUUUUCGGCAGCACUACAAUGCUUUUGAUAAGCUGUGACCACUUCUGAUUUUAAGAUACUUUUGCUUGUCCGUGGCAAAUUUUAACCCAUUUCCACCUUUUGAGUCCGUAUCGUUCUUGUUUUCGAGGUCCGUUUGCCUCUUUUUUUUGUAUUUUCUGCCCUAUUGUACCACAGCUGUUUAUCGAUACUUGCAUGUUUUUUUUUUUUUUUUACAAUUUCGAAUUUUCUUUUUAAAUCAUAAUUGGCAUUGGCAGUAUCAAGAACACUGUACAAUACCGCACAUUUUUCCAGCAGUCAACAUCUGUACAGUUAACUCUUAACGUCGUGGAGCUUAUUCUCACCUGCAGUUGACAGUUUAUUUUAUUGUGUUGGGAGAUUUUAUUCUCCUCUGAGGAAAAUGUCAACCCUUUGGUGAAUGCAGUUUUUUCUAGACUUGUAAUUAAAGUUUUUAUUUUAUUUUUUUGGUUUUUUUUGUGUACAGCAUUGCAGGCUUUUGUUUUACAUAAGUGUAUAAUGUAAUUCCAAGAAUGCUGGUUGGUACUGUGACUGUUUCUGUGGUUUAAUGUAGACAAGAGUUUGGAAAAAAUGCAACAUUUUUGUAUGUAAGGAUUUUAUUUUCAGUGAAAAAUAUGAUUGACGUUUGUAUGAUGUAGGAAGAUGGACGGUGGACUUAAACAAUAAAAAGAUUUUAACUAAA